CUGCAGAGCUCAGUGCGGCUCGGAGAUGGCGGUCCGUAGGGUUCUGUGCAGCUCUGUGUGGAGAGGCGCCUCUGCCGCGUACAGCACGGCUCGGGAUGGCGGGCAACCGGCCCCGUCACCUGCCAGUGCCCAGGUACCCCCGGUAUCAACCACCACCCCUCCGGUACCACCGGUCCCUCCCCACAUUCAUCCCGCUGGGGCUCCUGCACAGGGCCGUCGCUUCUCCUCCUCUUCUUCCGCUCCCAAAAUGGAUAACAAGUCCUUCCUAUGGUCCCGUUACUGGGAGAUGAAGAAACUGGUGCAAGACCUUCUGCCACCCGGAGUCUGCAAUCUUCUAAAUUCAUCCACCAUCUACGCCAACAACGAAGUGUGUCUAGGAGACAUAGAGAUCUAUGGAUUUGAUUAUGACUAUACCCUGGCAUUGUACUCGAGUACCCUUCACUCUAUGAUAUUCAACACUGCCCGAGAUAUCCUGGUCGAUCAAUAUAAGUACCCAGCAGGAAUCCUCAAGUAUGAUUACCUACCCAACUUUGCUGUAAGAGGCCUUCAUUACGACAUCAAUAAGGGCCUGCUAAUGAAGAUCGAUGCCUAUCACUACAUACAGCUGGGCACGGUGUACAGGGGCCUGAAGCCGGUCCCAGAUGAGGAGGUGAUGGAGCUGUACCAGGGAACACACCACAUCCCGCUUCACCAGGUCAGCGGGUUCUACGGCAAGGGUCCUGCCGUCAAGCAGUACAUGGACAUAUUCUCUCUGCCCGAGAUGAAUCUACUGGCCGUGGCCAACGACUUCUUUCUUACCAAUGAUAUUGAUUACGACCCCGUUCACCUUUACAAGGACGUCACAGAUGCGAUCCGAGACGUGCACGUAAAGGGAUUCAUGUACAAAUGGAUCAUGCAAGACCUUGAAAAAUACAUUUUGCGUGGGGAUGAGACGUACGCAGUUCUGCACCGCCUGGCCAGCCACGGGAAGAAGCUUUUCCUUAUCACCAACAGCCCUUUUAGCUUUGUAGAUAAAGGAAUGAAAUACAUGGUGGGCAAGGACUGGAGAGAUUUCUUUGAUGUGGUGAUCGUUCAAGCUGACAAACCUCAUUUCUUUAACGACUGCAUCAAGCCCUUCCGCCGAAUGGAUGGAAACGGAGAUCUGAAAUGGGACAAGAUCACCAAGCUGGAGAAAGGACAAGUUUAUAAACAGGGUAAUUUGUUUGACUUCUUAAGACUGACCGGCUGGCGGGGUUCCAAGGUGCUCUAUUUUGGCGAUCACCUGUAUAGUGACCUCGCAGACCUGAUGCUGCGGCACGGCUGGAGGACGGGGGCUAUAGUCCCCGAGUUGGAGACAGAAACUAAGAUUGUGAACACCGAGCAGUACUCUCAGUCGCUGACCUGGCUGCAGGCUCUGACCGGCCUGUUGGAACGCAUGCAGAACUUUCAUGAUGCGGAGUCUCAGCAGGUCCUUCAAGACUGGAUGAAGGAGAGACAUGAAUUAAGGGCUAUGACCAAGAACCUCUUCAACCCUCAGUUCGGCAGCAUCUUCCGGACUUGCCAUAACCCGACCUACUUCUCCCGCCGUCUCUGCCGCUUCUCGGAUGUUUACAUGGCAUCCAUCAGCUGCCUCCUGAACUAUGAUUUGAGUUACACUUUCUUUCCCCGACGCACCCCGUUGCAGCACGAGGCUCCGCUCUGGAUGGACCAGCUCUGCACGGGCUGCAUGAAGACUCCCUUCCUCGAAGAGAUGGCUCAUAUCCGCUAAACCCCCCCCCCCGUCUCUCCCGGCGCGGACCUCCUAGUUUCUUGAAAUGUGGAAAUACGAAGACGAAUGAAGUGAGAAUAAGCUCAGUUGGCCUUUACCAGCGUUGUUUGCACGGCGUAGAGCACACCACAGUUUCUAGAGGAAGCAAGAAAAGGUUGCUCUGAACUUUUGAUAAACUGUUCUGGAUAGCAGGGUGUUCUAACGCAAGAACAAUUCUUCUGGUCACACAAGACUCUUUAUAAACCUUAAACCGCCUAUUUUGUCCACUUAAUAAAGAGAGGAUUGUGUCCUUGUUAACAAA